GCUAGAAUACCUAACUGCAUCUUCCGGCGGUCCAAUGGAGCCCGACACGAUGGGGCCACAACCGACCACGGGCGAAGCAGGAGAGGAGUACAGGGCAUCGCCCGAUCGAACACUGAGGGAUCAGAAGGAACGAAUUAGGCAAGAAGCACCGCUGAGAUGGGUUGACCAAACCAAUGACGGAGGGCCCGACAUGAGAGACGAACCAGUUGUGACAGAGCCGCAGGAGGCUCUAAAGACGGGUACCUCAAGUGGACGACGAGAAGCGACGAGGCGGCGCUCCCCCGAGUACGAGCGGAGGGACACCAUAGCGGACAGAGAUCGCAAGCCGUUUGUGCGAGCAAGGAGGCUGAAUGAUUACCCGCGAAGCCCUUGCUAUGAGGCCGAUCGGGGUAGAGGCGACUCCCGCGGCCGAUGGGAGACAGGACAGGGCCGCCGAGAUGGAUAUAGGGACGACAGAUACGAGAGAUCGGACCGAGAUGGAUAUAGGGACGACAGAUACGAGAGGUCGGGUCGAGAUGGCUACAGAGGAAGUAGAUAUGAGAGAGGAGAUCGGGACUGGGAACGAAAAGAUGGGUCGCGCGGACGGUUUGAGCGCGGGGGAGAUGCGAGAGAGCAGCACGACGAGUCGCGGGGAUGGUACAACCGAGGGGACCGACGCGAUGAGUCACGAGGACGAUAUAACUCGGGGGACCGCCGGAAUGAUUCGCGAGGGCGGUAUGAGCAAGGAGGGUCAGGAGAAGACCGCCGCAACGAUUCGCACGGACGGAAUGAGAGAGGGGGAUAUGGCGUCUCAUCAGAACCAUAUCCUAAGUCGCCUGACCCCAAGGCGGCCAGGAAUUCGAUCUCUAGAGGCGCAGACGACAGGGCAUCUACUCCCAGGAACUCAUGCUUCUACUGUACAGGAGAAGAUCAUAUCAAGAGGGAUUGCCCGGACCUCAAACGGGCAAUAGAUGAGGGACUUGUCGUGCUUGACGACCGCAAGUACGUCAAGUGGGCAGAUGAUCUGGGAGAUGUAUCGAUGUUUCCUUCGAUGAAGGAGAAUGUCGAAGCAAGGAGAAUAAAGACGAGUAAAGGAAUGGAGCCGGUCACGAGCCAGAGCAUCAAGAUAAUCUUCGAGGGGGAUAUCGCGACCACACCCAUAAGGAUGGCAGCCACCAAGUCGGCAAGAGGGUCUACAUCGAAGAAGACUGACACGGAUUACGUGAUGACGGAGAAGGACGGGCAACGAGUCGAUGGAGAGGAGGUUAUCCUUUAGCCGCGAAAGAGGGGAGUGAAGAAGUUCUUAAUGAAGAGUUCGCUGGACG